AUGAAUUCGGAUAACGUGCAAGCUGGAACAGUAACGCUGGAAAAGCUCGAGAAGACAGGGUGGGUAGAAUGGGAAGAUUUCCCUGAAGAAGUAUCAAAUGAUUGGCGAAAGUCGAUAGGAAAAGCUGACGGUUUGAUGAAUACGGCCAACGAGUUUGCUCGAGAGUGGGAUCAUGAUGAAAUGUGGACGGACGAUCAGGGCAGGGAAAGACGACCCAGCCAAGCCUCCAUGGGCAACAUUGUGAACGGCAAAGAUGGCUACAUAAUUGCCGGUGGAAACUUUGCGCCUUGGGAGACAAAGCCUACAGACAUGGAAACCUGGGAGCUCCCCGAUACGAAAUGGACCGACAUCAUGGCAGUACAGUGGACAAAGUACGCGGCCAGCAGCGAAAUCAAGCGCAUAUACCGAUCUAAGAUUAUAUAUGACGAGUCAAAAGCCCUUAUGGAAUCGGCUAUGGAGAAGAUCGGAAAAAGCGGUAACCUGGAUGACCUGCCAGUAUGGCCUGGCUUCGAUUUCACGCCUGGAAAAAACCCUACCAAGACACCGAUGAAGCCUGAGACCGAGGCUUUCAUGGGCUUGCUUGGGAGUUCUCAUGCUGCUGGUCCUGCCUACUUGUUUAUCCAAUACCGGGCCAUUUUUGGUAAGAAGAGGAUUAACAAGAUCAAGAUCUGGAAAUCUGAGAACUCGGAGGAAUCUCUGAUACCAAAUAUGCUACUUUAUGUGGAGGACGUUCCGUAG